UCCCGUCUUCAAAUUAUGAGCAGUAAGUGAACUUUUAAAACUCAGCGGCGUGCGAUGAGCGACGCCUUAACCCUACAGUAAGAGAUCAGCAGCAGGGAGAAAUGGCCGCUGUGGAGAGCGGCGGAGGCUUCAGUCAAAAGCGAAACAACAAUUCACAAGAUUCACAGCAACCAUCUCCUCUCGCCUUGCUGGCAGCUACAUGCAGUCGCAUUGACACCCCGGGAGAGAGCGAUUCCCCUCCAGACCAGCAGCAGCAAAACCAGCAGCAACAGCUGGAACUAAACCAGGGUGCUUUCACAUCCAGUGCCAACGGCUGGCAGGUCAUCCCGCUCAGCGUCCAAGCAUCCUCAGGCUCUAACACUGUCACCACUGACUCCUCAGCUGCGAUGACAGACGCUAGCAAGGGCAGGCAGGUUCUCUCUCCAGCAGCAAGUGCGGUGGUGAGCACGCAGGGGCAGCAGCAGCAGCCACAGCAGUAUGUAGUGGCCCAGGCUCCGUCAGUGCAGGGCCAGCAGGUGCUCACUGCCAUAUCAGGGGUGGUUCCCAAUAUUCAGUACCAGGUUAUUCCUCAGUUUCAGACGGUGGAUGGCCAGCAGGUGCACUUUGCACAUGCUCAGCAGGAAUCUGCUGUACCUGCCGCAGCAGGGGCAGGCCAGCAGUUUCAGAUAGUGUCCUCUGCUAAUGGCCAGCAGAUCAUCGCCGCUACAAACAGAGCCGGUACCCCAGGAAACAUCAUAACCAUGCCCAGCCUCCUCCAGGGAGCCAUCCCCAUACAAAACAUUAGCUUGGGCAAUGGCGUUUUGCAAAACCAGCCCCAGUUCCUGGCGAACAUGCCGGUGUCGCUAAAUGGAAACAUCACAUUGUUGCCCGUCAGCACCGCGGGCACGGUGGGAGAUUCCAGUAGUGGAGUAGACGCAGCAGGAAACCAGCUCAUACAGCAGCAGUCGCAGCAGCCCGUGUCUUCCAACAGCGGGGCGGGUUACAUGACCAGCGCGUCCACAGUCACCACGCAGACGUCUUCCUCCUACGGACUGACCCAGGCGCAGAACAGCAACGGAGCUUUUCAGCAGAGCGCGGCGUCCUCCCUGGGCGUCCCCAUACAGCCCGACAACCGAGACGGGCAGCAGCCGCAGCAAAUCCUCAUCCAGCCCCAGCAGGUCAUCCAAGGCGCGACGCCCCUUCAAGCAGGUACUGUAGCAGCUGCAGGCGGGCAAGUAUUUGCAACCCCAACCCUCAGCCAGGAGGGGCUUCAAAAUCUCCAAAUUAUGCCAAAUACAGGGCCCAUCCUUCUGCGCACCGUUGGCCCCAACGGCCAGGUGAGCUGGCAGACCAUUCAGAUCCAGAGUCCAGCCGGAGCGCAGAUCACGCUGGCACCUGUGCAGUCGCUUCCGCAGCUUAGCCAGACUCAGGGAACCGCCGCGGCUGGAGGGGUGUCCGUUAACACAGUGCAGAUCCCAGGAAUCCAGACCAUCAAUCUCAACACUCUCGGAGGGUCCGGCCUACAGAUGCAUCAGCUGCAAGGGGUUCCCAUCACCAUCGCCAGCUCAGCAGGAGAGCAGGCCCUGCAAACAGGCGGAGAAAGUUUGGAUGACAGCACUGCAAUGGACGACGAGGACAUCAGCCCGCCUCCCCAGGGGCGACGCAACCGCAGGGAAGCCUGUACCUGCCCCUUCUGCAAAGACGCAGACGGACGCAAGGACCCGUCUCAAAAGAAGCAGCAUAUCUGUCACAUCAGCGGCUGUGGGAAGAUCUACGGAAAGACGUCCCACCUGAGAGCCCACCUCCGCUGGCACACGGGAGAGCGCCCCUUCGUCUGCAGCUGGUCUUUCUGCGGGAAGCGGUUCACCCGUUCAGACGAGCUUCAGCGCCAUAAGAGGACGCACACAGGUGAGAAGAGGUUUCUGUGUCCGGAAUGUCCCAAACGCUUCAUGCGCAGCGACCACCUCUCAAAGCACAUCAAGACCCACUUGAACAAGAAAGUGGCGGCGAUUUCCGCGAGCAGCGCCUCCACCGACGUGGGCUCCCCCGCGGCGGGGACAGAAGCAGGAACCGGAAAUGACCAGCACACGAUCGUCACCAUGGAAACCUUAUCUGCAGAGAACAUAGCUCGAUUAGCCAACAGCGGUAUCAACAUGAUGCAGGUGGACCUUAGCCAAAUCAAUGGCAACAGCUAUUAGAAUUAGAAUAACGGCGCGGAGAUCGGCCCCGAUGGAUUUUCUAUUCGGACUUUUUGGGGUUAAAAAGGGCAUGUUACAUUACUGCAGAUUUUGAACUUCUCAAGGCUUCGUCGGCAGACGUGGUCACAGGCGCGACACAACAGACACUAUUGAAUUUAAGAAGAGAAUACGAUCUCCCUCCUGUAUACUCAAAACCUGUGGCAUUCAAGACUCAAACAUGGAAGAGUUGGAUUGUGAUGUUAGACUUGAGGCAUUGGCUGAGUGGAAAUGGCGCAACACUAAAAUUGGUCCCAUGCAGAAAUCCAAUCGCAUAAAAUGGCACAGUUCAUGAUAAAUGUGCAGAGUUAUAUUUUCUCUGCAAAGCGACUUAAGUGAUGAGACGACACUAUAUCAUGUUCUCGCACUCGCUUAUGAGGCUGUGAGCUUUUCCACUCGCCCCGCCUCGGGUCGUCUGGUGCCCACCUGCCCCGGGCUGACGGAUAAAGUAUGCACCUGACCAAUUCCCGUCAACUCAAUAUACCUAAUACUCACUUGAAAAACUGAGACCGGUGCAUGGUGAGCAUAUUUGAUUGUAAAAAUUGGUGGGAUUGAAAUGUUUGAGGACCGGCUGUGUCCACAGGAAUAUAAUCCCAGUAUCAUAGGAAUGAUAAUGACAGGGCAGACACAAUGGGUCAGUGUCUGAAGCUCUGAUCUGUGUGGGUCUGCGUGUGUCAGGGCAGUAUUGCCCUGAGAGUAACCCUUUAACCUCUUUACACAAGUAUACACAUUCAAGCCAUCAUGUUCGAUAUCUUUAUUGAUGCAGAACUUUUUGAUUUUGUGUGUAAAUAUAUAUUUUUUGGGUAAUGUAAAGGUUACAGAGAUAGUUUAGCAUAGGCAGGAUCCGACAUGCAAGAAUUUGCCUUUCAGUCAUCUGAACCUCUCAUGCACAAUCAAAACUAAAUCUUGUUUAAAUAUAUCUAUAUAAAUAUAUAUGUAGUUUAAGAGCUUGUUUAUCGUAGAAUGUGCUCUUUCAAAUCCAGAUGUUCCCGUUACUUUCUUCUUUGGUGUUCUCAUCCUCAGACUUUGCCUUCCAGUCACGUGAGCUUUUCUUUUCCUGUCUCCUGUCGACGUAUUUUUGUUUAGUCAUAUCUGAUCAAUGAAAUAUUUUGUAAUGUCUGGACAGCAUGAAAUAUGUAAGCGCAAAACCAAAGGUUCAUACUCCUUUUUAUAUACCAGAAAAUCUCUUUGGUCCACGAAGUUUCUAAUAAUUUGUACUUUUAUAAAACUGGAAAAAGAUCCAGCUUGAGGCAAAGUUUGCAUCCAAAUCCCUGCUGUUGUCCUGUUCAAUAAAUGUGCUUUCACACCAGCCCUGUAGAAUCUCGAUUUCGGACCAAAUCAGGACUUUGUGUGAAAGAUCCGGAACUUUUGUGCAAAAUAACAACUUUGAGCAGCUUUAAGCCAACGACGCGAGUCUGAGCAAGCAGAUGCCCAAAGAAAGCGUUAGAAAUUCUUUUGUGGGCAAGAACAACGUCAUGCAAUUACAGCUACUGCUGUUUGGGGGCGCUGUUGGCCGAAACGAACACUGACCAAGCAGGCAGAGGAAGACACCCGGCCCGAAACCGGAAGUCCCGCUCCAGCAGCUGGCUAGCAUCUCACGGGUAACCACAAACAAUCUUGAUUUAUAGUGUUCUGACCAUCUAUCAAUGAGCAUCUGCACUUCCUCACCACCCUGUCUACCCACGAAACAAUUCCUCACCCUUUCUUGGUGCAUGUUGACUUAAUUUUUGCUCCACAUCCUCUCACUGCAGCUGUUGGAUAGUCCUGGAGAAAUCCCUCUUCAGGAGGCCCAGAGUUCACCAGAAAGAUCCGGAUCUUUGAUCAGGGGAGCUUUCACACAUGCAAAAACGAGAACCUUCCCAGAAAGCCCUGAUUUGGUCUGCAGUCCUGACUUUACAAGGCUGGUUGCGAAAGCCUGAGAAGAAACUGUAUGAAAUGUUAAAGGUUUUUGAGAUUUGUUCAUCUUUGCCUCAUUAAUACUUUGAACACAUUUUGAACUGGUGUAAUGCAUUAUUGAACCUCAGAUUAAGUUCGUUGGACAGCAAGUGCUCUUAUUUUCUGCCCCCAUUUUAAAUAAGGGAUUUUAUAUGGUGUGUAUACAACUACUGCAAAUGCCAACAGCUGGAUUAAAAAAUAUAAAUACACUC